AAACAAGGGAUGAGUCAUCAUCUUCUGGCGCACUCUUUACUUUGUUAAAUACACACACACUAAUUUCAAAUUUCAGUAAGCUGCUUCUUCUAUUCAUCUCUCUCUCUACUGAAAGUUAUUGAAAAACAACUUUUGCUUGCUGUCAAACUAUGAUAUUUGGGAAGAUAUCUGAAGUGAAAACCAAAAUGGAUUUCAUUCAAUGGCUUGGACCUGAUAUGUCAAUUAAGGUUCUCAGCUAUUUGGAUCACCCUUGUGACCUUGUUCGUGUAUCUUCUGUUUCUAGAAGUUGGAACCGAUUUGUUAUUGAAAAUGGCCUCUGCAAGCAACUUUUCUUCGAAAUGUUUCCUGAAAUAUCUGAUGUUGUUGAUAGUGUUGAGGUGGACAACAUGAUGAUUGAACCUGUAACCAACAUGCUUGACAACUGUGCAAAUUGGGAGUGUCUUAAAAGAGAACAUAAAGCUUAUGCUGUCAUGGCUUUUAAAUUAAAACCUUAUGUGAAAAACUGCAUUUCAAAAGCCAUUGCUGCAUCCAGCACUAAUAAUUAUCCAGAAGAAAGCAUUGUGAAUACAUUGGAGCCCGGGGAUAGAACUGAAAAUAGGGCAUCAUACUGGUUAAGUGAAGGGCAGAGCUCACCUGGGGUUCCCGAAUCUUUGGUUUAUAAGCUAUGUUCCAAAAUAUGUCUUAUCACAAAGAUUCGUGUCCAACCAUUCCAAGCAUAUUUUCAAGAUGGCUCCCCUAUAUAUUCAGCUUACACUAUCCGAUUCAGAAUUGGCCAUCCGAGACACCAUAUAAAAUUAGAGAGUGCUAUAGCUCAUGGUAUUGCUACUAGUAACAUGGUGGGGGAUACAACUCAAUUUGUAUGGACAUACACUUCCCCUUAUUAUCAAAUGUUACAGGAAAACCAGCUGCAAGAAUUUACGCUACCCGAACCUGCUCUGGGCAUUGGAGGUGUGUUACUAGUGGAGCUGCGUGGAAGAGUUCAACAGCAAGGACUCUAUUACUACAUUGGCAUCUCCCAUGUUCAAGUAGUAGGACUACCAAUUUUACAGGCAUUUGAUGUUAAAACUUACCAACCAUCAGGAAAAUACACCUUGAAAUACUGUCCUCCUGAUAAUUGUAUAUAUUCAGCAUCAUCGUCAAGAAGUGACUCCAACAAUCACUCACGCCUGUGGUCAUUAACCUCGAGCAUAACGAAGUUGGAUGUGAUACUUUUCAUGAUGCACUGUUUGGUUCUGGUUUUGGGGAUAUUGUUGUUGAUGACUAAAAAACUUUAAGGAAUCAAGUGCCUCAAUUCUCAAUUGACAUUUGGAAAAAUGUAUGUACUUGUGAUCUGGUUUUUGUAGAUAACAAG